AUGAAUUUUUCAGACAGCUCAAAUGACAUUUUACUCACUGAAGCACAGUUUUGCUUCGAGUUCAUCAGUGGAUCAUGUGAGAAAUUAGUUCGGCCCCUGAGCAUACAGUUUCUCAUGUUUUUGUUCAUGGGGUUUACCAUAUUGGCAACAAUGAGUGGGAACCUUCUGGUCAUCACCGCCAUAGCACACUUUAAGCAGCUGCACACAUCCACAAACUAUCUCAUCCUCUCGCUGGCAGUGUGCGACUUCCUUCUGGGAGCGUUUGUGAUGCCUUGCAGUGCAGUACGCUCUGUCCUGGGCUGUUGGUACCUGGGCGACUUCAUGUGCAAAAUGCACACCAGCACUGAUAUGAUGCUGAGCAUCUGCUCCAUCUUCCACCUGUCAUUCAUCUCCAUCGACCGAUACUUCGCCGUGUGUAACCCACUGAUGUACAAGUCCAUCGUCAACAAAGUCACCAUCAUCAUUAUGCUCACCACCAGUUGGCUGGUACCCGCCGUCUUCGCUUAUGGGAUGAUCUUCUCCGGCUUCUUAAUGAGGGACAUUGACGAUUCCGUAAUAGCCCAGAUGACAUGUCUUGGAAGCUGCAUAUUGUUGUCUAGUUGGGUGACAUCAACGGUCUCCACCAUACUUUCAUAUUUCCUUCCCAGUUUGAUUCUGCUGUGCAUUUACCUUAAAAUCUACACAGUUGCCAGAAAACAGGCUAGGGCCAUUAAGCAGCUGAGACAAAAGUUUGACACAGAGGGAGCAAAUGAGUCUGGUGUAUCUAGACGAGAAAGAAGAGGAACAAAAACCCUGGCGAUAGUGGUUGGGGUCUACCUCUUCUGCUGGACCCCAUUUUUCCUGUGCUACUUAAUUUACCCCUUCACUGGUUAUUCUAUUCCUCCAGUACUUUUCGAUGCCCUGUUUUGGUUUGGUUACUUCAAUUCAGUGUGUAACCCUGUAGUUUAUGCUUUCUUUUACAGUUGGUUUAGAAAAGCUUUGAAAAUAAUAAUUUGUGGUGAAAUAUUUUAUAGCAAUUCCUGUCAGACGAGGCUAUACGUGGAAUGA